AUGGCAGGCAAAAGGUCUUUGAAGGUUGCCGUCUUAGGCCCAAAGGGCCAGUGUGGUUCUUGCGUUGUUGACGAGCUGUUGCUGCAAGGACACGCAGUCGUGGGAAUCUCUCGUUCGCCUCCAAAGACAUGGAAAAACUCUGAAAACUACUCCGCCGUCUCGGCGGAUUUCAAUGAUAUCAACCAGCUCGCCAAGGUCAUGUCUGCGGGAUACGACUCUAUCGUGUGCGCUUACGGCCCUCCCCUGGACAACAUCGGCGCCGUCUACAUGGAAUGUGUAGAGACGCACUGCCGCAUCAAGUCCGCCCUGCUACAAUCCACCCACAAGGGCUCGUUCAUUAUCAUUGGAGGAGCUGGUUCACUCCACAAAAAGGACGGCUCAUCGUUCGCCGACGAACAUGAGUUCCCAUACGGCGCGUGUUGGCCAGACAAGCACCUCGACUAUAUGUACUCUCGCGCAAAAGAUCAUGGCUCGGCUUUUAUGGCCCGCUUUAUCAGGCAGUUUAAGUGGGCACGUAGCAACAUCGAGAACCCUGGAUGGUUCUCGUGGCUCUUCCGCCCGCUAGCGCUACUGACGCUCCGAUCUAUCAAAAAACUCAUGCUCAAGCCCGAAACGAGAGGUUUGAUACUGGGAUCUCGAGUUGCACUCCAUCUCUGGGAGGGCGUCACAGAAAAGUCCUGGUCCUUUCUUUCUCCACCUUGGCUCUUACGUGAUAAGGGUAUUCGAACUGGAAAAGUAGAAGUUUUUGUGGACGAGCCAGACAAGCCUGCCUACCAAGGCAUUGAGGCGGGCGUGUACAACGAGGACAUGGCGGUGGCCAUCGUCGAAGAAGUGGAGAAGAACAGACUCAGUUUCAAGCACUGGACCUGUACUGGGCCUAUUGGUCUCAAAGAAUGGUAA